AUGUCUGGGGAAGACCUGGUGCUGGACACGGCCAUAAGAGACUGGGUGUUGAUCCCGCUAUCCGUAGUCAUGGUUCUUAUCGGCGUCCUUCGCUACUUCGUCUCCAAGCUCAUGCGCUCCUACCAGGCCCCCGACCAGAAAGUCGUCAGGGAUGGGUGAGCCUCUUCCGCCGCAGAAAAGGAAAUAUUGGUCCUGGUUUUUUCUUCUCUUAGCCUUAUAUCUGGUUGUCUGAUUGGAUUCGUUCGUGCGAUAUCUCAGACAGGUGAUCCUCAGGGCAGGACACUUGAGGGCGGGGGCAAAUUUCAUUCCCCCCAAGACCUUCUACUCCCGAAGAACAUACUUUACUAACGAGGUAUGUAGCCGUCUGAUGCUGGUUUGCGUCUCCGAAUUAAAUUUCUUCUUAGCGCUGGACAUGACGAAGCAAGUACUACGACUGUUUAAUGGUUUCCAAAUGAACGCUUGUCAGGAACAUAUUUUAAUUAUCCUUUCUUCGUGGUCAUUUCUGAGUUUGAACUGGAGAAUUUUUUAUCUGGUUGAGAAUUUCAACCAUUUAUUCGAGCCUAGGUUUCUGAAAUUUGGUCAGACUCUUGGGUUUGUUAAGCAUGGGGCUAUCGAAAUGAUGGGUCUAUGUUGUUCUAUUGAAAUCCAUCUUUUCAUACCAGAACAGAACCAUCCCGCUUAAUUCCUCCGAAAUCUCAAUCUCAUGCCUCGUUUUGGAUCAAUAUGCAUUGCCAUUAGUAUUUUCUUUUUUUUUCUUCUACGUACUUAGUCUCAGCACGACCUUCACAGAUAAUGAAACUAAAUUCGUGAGCUUCACGAUUGAUGGCAUUCUUCGGGAUUGAAGCCUCUAUCUCUUCUUGAUGACUUACAGAGUCGUCCUCACUGUCCUCAUUGGUACCGUAUUUAAUGAUCGCCAAGAACUUCUGGUAAUACAGACGUCAUCAUGCUUUAGUUAUUCAGAGGGCAAUGCUUUCACAGAGCAAAAUACGUCACCAUGUCGUCAGAAACAAUAAUUAAUAUCGAAUGGCAUCAGACGGAUGAAAAAGAAACAAUAACUGUUCAAAUGAUUUCAAGUACUGUGGCAUGUCUGAGGGACAUAAUAGAUAAAAAAUUAUCAGUUAUGAUGGAAUGCACAACUCAGAAGAAGAAUUAAAACAUGACCAAUAAUUUUUCAGAAGCAAGGAACAGCUUUUAUUGUUUUCAAUGAAAUCAAGACCUUUAUACAAUUUGGCUGAAGCUGUCAUUCCCUACAAUAGCUCAUUAAGGCAACAGAUUGAUGGGAAAUUAAGAGAAAGGUAAUCCACACACGUCAUCCCCGCUGAAGUGCAUUGAUGUUGGUUCUCCCAGACAUAGUACAACUUUUAGUGAAAAGGUGAGAAAAUUCAUGGUCUCCUGAAGCAGCAAAAGACCCCAUCGAAAAAUUCUAAACAGAGGCUUUGCAUGGACAAAGACGAGGUUAAAGAAUAGCUCCUGUGUUCUUCCCAUGUAGAAAGGCCAGAUUUGAAUAGAUAUACUUUGAUUAUGUUCUUGAUUCAAUCAUAUGAAGGAAGAAAGGAAGAAAUAAACGAGAAAGUGAAAGGGAUGAACAGAAGAGGAAGUAAUUUUCAAAUGAGGGUGAAUAGAGAGUUGUGUGAAAGCAAGAAAGCAUGUCUUCUAAGCAACAAGGACCCCAAUUUUUCCAUUCCAUGUUCCCUUAAAAGAGGAUACGAAUGUCGUUUCUUGGAUUGCAGAGAAGGUUGAGUGUCUGUGACUCUUGCACUUGAUUGAUAUUUGGGAUGUCCAAUAUUGUGCACAACAGAACAUUGGUUGUGUUAACAUGGAAGAGGUACGUUUACUCAUCUCUCUCUGCCGGGAUUGUAGAACAUUUUGAUAAAUUGUGUUUUAGAGAGACCACGACAUGUGCCAACUGGGAAAAUUUGUGACAGAGAUUCAACAUUGGGAACCUAUUGAUUAUAAGCAUAUGAUGUUCGUUACAGUGCAUCUGGAGAAUAAGGGACGACCAGUUGGAAGUCUUCCUUCUCCGUAUGUUUGAAAAGUUAAGACAGGACUGCUUGUCGGACAUUUUGUGCCAAUACUGAAAAUUGUAUUUAUGUUUUGAUGCUCUUAGAUUCUGUUUAAGAAUCGUUUCGAUCUAUAUCACUGAAGGCAAAGCGUUCACUAUUGCUUGUACUAUGCCUCUCUCUUCAUUCUUUGUAUUCAGCUACUCUUUUUCGUCAUCAUAGUCAUGUGUCAUUUUGAUCAUAGGAGAAUGGGAUUCUGCAUGUUCCAAAAGGUCAGGCCCAAAACGCCCAAGCUCAAAUGUUUUCUGAUCCAAAUAUGGCCGUGGAUAUGAUGAAGAAAAACCUGUCAAUGAUCAUUCCGCAGGUAUUGCAUUUACUCUGUAGGAACUUUUCUUUUUUUUUCUUUUUCCCUGGUUAUAAAACAGGUUCUAAGUACUAUUUUUCUUUCCAGACACUCACCUUUGCAUGGGUAAACUUCUUCUUCUCGGGUUUUGUAGCAGGUGAGUUUUUCAGUUACAUGAUUAUUCCCUAAACGGAAGUUCAUUUUACAUUCUUACUAUGACACUGCUGGAGGUUCUUAUGUGUGGAUUCACCUGUUAAUCUAGCACAGCUAUAAUUACACUAGUUAUUCUUACGAUAUUCAAGAAAAUAAAAGAGGAAUGUACUCAUUUUCAGAUAGGAAGUUAGCCGUAGAAUUAAAAGAAUCAACUUCUUUUAACUGCUUGUCCACGUCAUGAAGCUUCUUUGCUUAGAGGGGUUCCUUUUGGCAAAAUCUUUAGAUAUGUUAAAUAUAUUGACACAUUUGAGAAGCCGUUGAAAAAUAUGUCAAAUUAUAAUUACUAGUGCAAUAUUAUCUAGUAUUACACUAUUUUUAUCAAUAGCAUUCGUUGCAGUUCUCUUAACGAGAAGAGAAAGUUCUUGAAGACCUUUUGAGAAUGGAGAUGGAUGGAUCUUCCUAACCUGGCACAGGCGUCAGUGAACUUGAGGAAGAGAAGAACAGAAGCUCUAAUUAACUGAUUGGGAAUUCGAGAUUACUAAAAUUACAAUGACAUAUUUCUAUGUUUUGGACAAGCAGGAAAGAGCAAGUUACAAAUAGCACAUUGAUAUUGACAGGGUUGGGUCUUAACACUCCAAUAAUGUGUACAUUUUGGUGAAGGCAAUCUAAACACUCAAGAGAAUUAUUCAUGGCUCAUUUUUCUUGUGGAAAUUGUCCCCAAAAUCAGAUGGGUUUAUAAAUUACGGAGAUAUCUCUGUAUGAGGAACCCUUAAAUUUUCCAAGACAAUUUAGGAAUCGAACAGGAGGGACGAUAUGAAUGCACUCAUCUAAAUACUGAUUAACAAACCAUGCAACUUCAUGGUUAAGCUCUAAACAAGUCAUGUCCCAUCCAUUCCCUUGAUGUUUAAGGCAAGUAUCAUGAUACUUCGGCCCUGAUAGAUCAAUUCUGUGAGUUGGUCAGCUUCCCACCGAUGUCCCCUUUAUUUAUAAUCCCUUUUUUGUUUUUAGAAGCCUGCUGAGAGGCAAUGAGAAGCAGCAGCCAGGCAAAAAUCCUGCUUCCUCAGAUUCAUUCUUUCCUGUCUUAUCAUGGACAGCAGAAAAUAGAUGCUUUAUACAUUCAGCUUUGCAGGCAAAUUUUCUCGAUCUGAAUCUCUUUACUAUCGUGGCAAUUUGAUAAACUGUUGGAACUGGAAUAGCACGGGGUUAUCCGAGUUUAUCCAAGAUAACCCAACAUCCGAAUUUGAUAAGUUCGGAUGGCUGAGCGAGUCACGUGAGACCUGGUUAGGGAUUAACUUCGAUGAUGUCACUAAACUUAUUCGACCAAAUGGUUCGAAUGAUGGGAACCCAGCCCGGGUACGAAUUUCAGUUUAAUCAAUUAACUGAGAAUUAAGAUAACCUUGGUUAACCUAUGACAGGAAUAAAGUUGCUAUCAAACUGGAAGUUGGAUAAACUGAAAUCCUGAACCAAGGCUAGCUUAACCUAGUUAAUUCUAACUUGUCAUCAAACCGUCCCCAUGGAUCCCUAUUUAAUCCAUUGAUCAGCAGUGGCAUUAAACAACAUUAAAACCAUUGAAUGAGGAGUCAUAGCACUCCUUCCAUUGGCAUUGAUCUGACGAAGGCUGCAUUGAGGCACAGUUGGGGUAUUUGGCGCUAGUAGAAGAAUCUCAUGUGCUGUAUUUAGCAAGGGAAUGAAAGAAUCCAGUGCAUUACGUUAGAAGAACCACCUUUCAUGGUUUACUGCCUAGAUAUCUCAUGUAUGUGUGACACUUCUGAUAGUACCAAUGGGAAGAAAAUAAGCCGCAACGCAUAUAUGAGGAUUUAUUGCUUCCUUAUAAUAAACUAUUAAAAAGUUCUUUCAUUGUCUUUCUGCAGCAUCAGAUCGUGAGAAACAUUUAUAUUCGACGUAUCUGUGGCAGUAGACAGCAAUAAUUUGUUAUGGAGUUCCUCGAUUGUUCCAUGACCUCAUCUCGUAUAAUGUCAAUUAUGAUUUUACUGUAAUAAUUAGAUGGCUUCCUUCUCCUAUUAUUGAGAUUUUUCUUCGUCUUAUUCUCAUUCAGGUGCGAGGAUACAACAUCAUGCUUUCUUACUAUUUUUCUCAUUUUGGUUUCUCAGAAUUUUGUAUUUGGCUUGUUAGUUAUGCUCACUAAAAGCUCUGUUUAUUCUUUCAGCAAAGAUACCGUUUCCACUGACUCAAAGGUUCAGAUCGAUGUUGCAGAAUGGGAUUGAUCUGAGCACUGUUGAUGUCAGUUAUGUCAGUAGCCGUUCAUGGUACUUGUUCAUCCUCUGAAACUCAAAAUAGGCAUCUUUAUUAGAACCUAGCUUCACAUAGGAAGAGCACACAGUUCAAAGUGUAUAGAUAGCUCUGAUGGCGUUUUGAUUUUAUUUUAUUUUUUCUGGCAGGUAUUUCCUGAACCUGUUUGGUUUGAGAGGCUUAUUUAGCCUAAUUCUGGGAGAGGAAAAUGGUCAGUGCUAGUUCUACGAGAAAACUCUUUUUCUGAUUUAUUCUUUCGUCACACAGUCAAUAUUUAUUGCGUUAAUAACCUAAAAGAGAGAUGAGAAGGAAAACAGAGGAAAGGUUCACAGAAGAUCAAACCAUUCACCAGGCCAUGGAUGAGAACAGCCCAAACCUCAAAAGUAUAUAAGAUUUUACAGUGAUAAUACCUCAUGGAGUCUCAAUAACCAUAAUUAGCAGCGCUUCAUUGUUUUGUAAUGUUCAUAGAUAUUUUUGGCUAUUGAAACUUGGUUGGUGUGGUGUGGUGUGGUGUUCCAGCAACAGACGACGCACAGCGCAUGAUGCAGAUGAGUGGAUUCGGAUUUGAUCCUGCCAAGGUAUGAUCCAUUUAACAGCAAGGUUUGCUCAUUCAUCUGCCGCAUGAGUGAAAGGUGCCCCCGCUUUCCACUUUUUUUUUUUUUUUUUUCUCACAAUCAGAUCCUGCACAUGUUCAGCAAUUCACGUUAAAGCCUCAGAUAACCAUACUUUUCAAGGCCUAAUGCUUAUUAUUAUCAUCCAUGAAGAUGAUUUCAUAGCUCAAUGCACAUGUUUCAUAGCAAUUCAGUUAAGAGGCGGGGUGGAUCAUUGCUCACCAUGAUCUACAGUAGCUCUGCCAAACCCCAGGCUUUGGGACUUCAUUGAAUUUUUAACGACCAUAUUUGGAAAUUAACUCUCCCAAGGGCGGAAGAUUCAUGGGUUUAUUUCCUAGUUUUUACCCUCUUUAGGGUUCAAGACAAGGUGGCGACUUUCUUCUUUUUCUUUUUUUUUUCUUUUUUUUUUUUCCCCGUCUCAGUGGUUCAUAAGAAAGUGGCAGGUUUUCGAUGUCUUGAUCGAAGUUUUCUUCUUCCCCUCUGGGCCAGAACCUGAGCGCGGAGAAGGACAGCAUCGACAUCCUGCAGCACGAUUGGGCCCUCCCCAAGUUCGAGAAGCGCGCCGAAGCAGUCCUAAGGAGGAUCGUCAGCUAG